CCCACUCGUGCUGCUGCUAUACUGUAAUCAUAUGAUUGGGAGUCGAUCCCCGCUGCAGAAUACCGACACACUGGGCGGACACAAGCGGAGGAGCCGGGGCGGAUGAGACUAUCAGAUGGUACAUUUGUAGCUGCUGAAGAAGUGCGUGGAGUCGGUGAAAGUGUCGCCUGAAGUGUCAAACAGAGUCAAACUCCCCCCGAAAAGGAACUUUUUUCAAAGUCUGGAGAGAGUCGGACUGAGGGGGGCGUUUGGAAGAAGAGAGGGCUCUCAAACGAAACGUUAACCGAAGGACAGUCGAUUUAACCGGAGCUGAGAUUUGAGUUUUAUCCGCCUGCUACAGAGGCGGUCAGCGGGUCGGUGGAAACCCCUGGGGUCCGUUGAUUUUCUCGGGGCGUGUGUGUGUUUUUUAAAAAGAAAUCUCCCAUAAGUUUUUCGACUUAGCUAGGUCACUUUACUAUUGAAUCAAAAGCCAUGGUCGGGGAGACAGAGGUGAAGGAGAGACCCAAGUCCAAUCCGGACUAUCUAAUGCAGCUGAUGAACGACAGGAAGGUGAUGAGCUCCCUGCCCAACUUCAGCGGCAUCUUCACGCAUCUGGAGCGGCUGCUGGAUGAAGAAAUCGGCAGGGUACGCAAGGACAUGUACAACGACACACUGAACGGCGGGAUGUUCAACGGGCGGGACAUGGAGGAGCUUCCCGAGGCUAUCGGCCCCGUGGCUCAGCUGCAGGAGAAGCUCUACGUGCCUGUCAAAGAGUACCCUGACUUCAACUUUGUCGGGAGGAUCCUGGGCCCACGUGGACUGACGGCCAAACAACUGGAGGCAGAAACCGGCUGCAAGAUUAUGGUGCGAGGAAAGGGCUCCAUGAGAGACAAGAAGAAGGAGGAGAUGAACCGAGGGAAGCCCAACUGGGAGCACCUGAGCGAGGACCUCCACGUCCUGAUCACGGUGGAGGACACACACAACCGGGCCAAGAUCAAACUCCAGCGGGCCAUCAACGAGGUCAAGAAGCUUCUCGUGCCUGCUGCUGAGGGGGAGGACAACCUGAAGAAAAUGCAGUUGAUGGAGCUGGCCAUUCUCAAUGGGACCUACAGAGACGCCAAUGUCAAGACGCCCACCGCCGCCUUCCCGCUAGCGACCCCUCAGGCGCCUCGGAUCAUCACAGGCCCGACGCCCGUCCUGCCUCCCACUCUGCGCAACCCCGCCCCCGUCACCACGCCGACCAUCAUGCCUCUGAUUCGUCAGAUCCAGAGCUCCACCCUCGUGCCGGGAGGCAAUCCGCACCCGGCGCUGGUGCAGCAAGGGCCCGAAUCUGGAAUCAUCUACACACCCUACGAUUAUCCCUACACACUCACACCCUCCAUAUUGGAAUACCCAAUUGACUCAACUGGAGUAUUAGUCUCUUCUCCCUGUGUUUUUGCAGCAGGUGCCAUGACCACUAAGGUACGACGCCACGACAAGAGAAUCCAUCCUUACCAAAGGGUAGUGACCACAGACAGAGCUGCCACGGCAACUAACCCAUGACCCCUUGACCUUCUGACAUUUCCGCCCACUGAUGACCCACCCAUCUCUGCCCGCUGGCGUGCUCAUUGGCCCACGGCCCCGCCACUCCCCCAGCUCAGCCAACCAGAGACCAGCACAUUGGGAACAACCCGGCCGCUUCUGUCUAACCAACCAACCAGACGACAGCGAUCAUGGGAAUAAACCUCAGGACCCCGCCCAUCACCAAGUCCUAACCUAAACUUUACCAAACGUGCCUUCCUUACAAAACUCCAAAGCCAGUCUGUGAAUUUUUUACAACCAUCCGACAGUCAAAAUCCCAAUCUGUAUCAGUUAUUGCCAUCCAUAACCAGUAGGCUUUACUGAGGAUGGGCCCCAAACUGGUGAAGGGCUCCUAAACUAAUCCCUAGCUGUGCCAAACUGUCUCUCUGAGCUGCCCUACCCUCAGUCAUUGCGACGCAAUAAUAAUGACUCUAUUAAUAACACGGUAACUAUACUGAUAAUGAUGGUAAUUGUACUUAUCCGCCACAGAAACCCUCCAUAAACACUAAACUGAAAGAGAUAUGUUGAUAUUUUGUAGUAUUUUUCCUCAACAGGCACCUCUCACUUAACAUGGGAAAAUUUCCAGACACUCUUGAAAGGGAUUGCUUCUUUUAUGGCCCAACAUACAUUAAUUUCAUUAUAACACAUUAUAAUGGUGUUAAAAUGUUCAUAUAUUAACACGCUUUCCUUCAAAAUGUAACACCAACGUGCGAUUUCCAAUGAUGUUUAAAAUGUCACAUGCUUCUUCUUUUUUUUUUAAGUGCAUUAUUUUCUGCUGCUUGUAGCAUAUUUGAGGAAUACUUAAAAAAAAAAAAGAAAAGCCAUCGUUCAGUCGAGCAAAAUGCCAGCGCCGAACCUUUUUCUCCAUAAAGCGACAGGUGCUCAAUGAGGAAAAAUAACAAACCGGAAUCCAAAAUGCCAAAGUAUCUCUGAGUGUUUCUUAAACGGUAAAGCACCCGGAUACUGAGUUGACAUAUACAGAAUAAAUACUAAGCUUGUACAGUUACAGAUAGACACACAUGCAGAGGGAAGGUUGCACUUCUUUUGUCUAAAUCUCGAGGACUUCUCCACAGCGAUGCCUUUGCCUUUUUUCACACUACAGUAUUGUAUGAGCUUGAACAACAGUGCCUUUAUUUAUUGAGCGCGAUGGAACAAUGUUACACCUAAAUCUUUUAUCACUACACCAUGGCAUUGUGCCCAGCAUGAAAUUAUGUUAUUUGGGUUUAUGCAGAUUAAUUACGACUGCAGGAAAUGUGUCGCAUGUGUCGUCAUUUUACGGCUUUACAUCCAUAACUCUUCCCAAUUCAGAUUUUAUUGCCAAAAAGAAAACCAGUGGCUCAUUUGAAUUGGAAGUGCAAUGCAGUAUUGAAGCUCUAGCUACAGUGUCUGAAAUGUUUAUGUGAGGUUUUUGGAUGCCUCCAGAGAACAGUGUUAUUCUUUUUGUUUUUUGUUUGUUUGUUUUCGGUUGAUUGUUUUGUUGGAGAUGAAGUCGUCCAUACAUACAAUAUAUUUUUGCAUGUGUAUCCGCUUUUUCAGAGGGUGUGGUACACUUUUACAUACACAAACCAGCUGAUGCCUUGACGUUUAAAAAAAAAAAAAAUCAUG